AUUAACAAUAAAAUUAUUGCAUAAAUAAUAUUUCUCCAACUUUUAUAAUUACAUAUCAACAUCAAUCUAGAACCUAUAUAAGAUGUCUGUUCAAAGCCCAAGAUCACAUUAGUAACUAGCUGCUUCAAACUCCAAAAUAAUUAAUGGAGCCUCACUUUGUGGUUCCACUUCCCUUGAUGUUUCUAAUCACUCUUUGGCUUUUACUAUCUCACCAUGCCAACGCUGAAAGUUCCACGUAUAUUGUUCACAUGGACAAGUCCCUGAUGCCUCAAGUCUUUGCAAGCCAUCACGAUUGGUACGAAUUCACCAUUCAUUCCAUAAACUUAGCAACAGCUGAUGAUCCCUCUGAGCAACAGAAAUAAGUGUACACUUACGAUGAUGCAAUGCAUGGAUUCAGUGCAGUGCUAUCAUCAGAGGAGUUGGAGACCCUAAAGAACACUCAUGGUUUUGUCACAGCUUACCCUGAUAGAUCUGCCACCAUAGACACCACACACACCUUUGAGUUUCUCUCUUUUAAUCCCUCCAAUGGCCUGUGGAAUGCUUCAAAUUUUGGAGAAGGUGUCAUUGUGGGUAUGAUUGACACAGGUGUCAGGCCUGAAAGUGAGAGCUUCAAAGAUGAUGGCAUGAGCAGAAACAUCCCUUCCAAAUGGAAAGGAACAUGCGAGCCAGGACAAGACUUCAAUACCUCCACGUGUAACUUCAAGUUAAUUGGGGCUAGGUACUUCAACAAGGGUGUGAAAGCAGCGAAUCCCAACAUCACAAUAAGAAUGAACUCAGCGAGAGACACUCGGGGACAUGGAAGCCACACAUCAUCCACUGUUGCUGGCAACUAUGUUAAUGGUGCUUCUUUCUUUGGCUACGCCAAAGGGGUAGCAAGAGGCAUUGCACCAAGAGCUAGGCUUGCCAUGUACAAGGUCCUUUGGGACGAAGGGGGUCACGGCUCUGAUGUUCUUGCAGGAAUGGACCAAGCCAUUGCUGAUGGGGUUGAUGUCAUUUCAAUCUCAUUGGGCUUUGAUAGUGUUCCACUUUAUGAGGAUCCGGUGGCAAUAGCUGCUUUUGCAGCAAUGGAAAAAGGGGUGUUGGUUUCAUCUUCAGCAGGAAACGCAGGUACUAUACUUGGCACCUUGCACAAUGGAAUCCCUUGGGUCUUAACCGUGGCAGCAGGCACCAUAGACCGCACAUUUGGAAGCUUGACACUGGGAGAUGGUAAAAUCAUUGUGGGUUGUACCUUGUUUGCUGCUAACUCAAUAGUGGAGAAGUUUCCACUUAUUUACAACAAGACUGUAUCAGCAUGCAACUCGGUUAAACUAUUAACCGGAGUAGCCACAAGAGGGAUCAUUAUAUGUGAUGCCUUGGACUCAGUUUCUGUCUUAACCCAAAUAGCUUCUGUUACCGCGGCCAGUGUGUAUGGGGCUGUGUUUAUCUCUGAGGAUCCAGAACUAAUUGAAAGAAGACGUUUGUUCACUCCAAGCAUUGUGAUCAGCCCAAAUGAUGCAAAAUCGGUGAUCAAGUACGCGAAAAGUGCUCAAAAACCAUUUGCCAGCAUCAACUUUCAACAAACAUUUGUUGGAAUAAAGCCAGCACCAGCUGUUGCAAUUUACUCUUCAAGAGGUCCUUCACCAAGCUACCCGGGGAUCUUGAAGCCUGAUGUAAUGGCACCUGGCUCCAAUGUUCUGGCUGCUUUUGUUCCAAAUAAACCUUCAGCCAGAAUUGGCACAAAUGUGUUUUUGUCAAGUGACUACAAUUUCUUGUCUGGAACAUCCAUGGCAUGUCCUCAUGCAUCUGGUGUUGCUGCUCUUUUGAAAGCAGCACACCCUGAUUGGAGUGCAGCUGCUAUAAGAUCUGCAUUGGUUACAACUGCUAAUCCCCUUGAUAAUACUCAAAAUCCAAUCAGGGAUAAUGCAAACCUAUUUCAAUAUGCUUCUCCUCUUGCUAUGGGAGCUGGUGAGAUUGAACCUAAUAGAGCACUUGAUCCUGGUCUCAUAUAUGAUGCCACCCCUCAGAACUAUGUUAACCUCCUUUGUGCUUUGGGAUACACAAACAACCAAAUCUUAUCCAUCACAAGAUCAAGGUCCUAUGAAUGUUCUGCCAACCCCUCAUCUGAUCUUAACUACCCUUCGUUUAUAGUUUUGUAUAGUAACAAAACAAGAUCAACAGUCCGAGAGUUUAGGAGGAUCGUGACCAAUGUUGGAGAUGGUGCUGCUACUUACAAAGUCAAGGUGACACAACCCAAGGGCUCUGUUGUCAAGGUGUCACCUGAGACAUUGGCAUUUGGCUAUAAGAAUGAGAAGCAGAGCUACUCUGUUACUGUAAAGUACACAAGAAACAAGAAAGAAAACAUCUCAUUUGGGGACAUUGUUUGGGUCGAAGAUGGUGGUGCACGCACGGUUAGAAGCCCCAUUGUAGUGGCACCCAAUGAACUUGCAUGAGUUCAAGUUUGUUCAUUCUUCUAGUGGCCAUCACAUCCUCUCCCUCAACGGUAUAGACCAUAUAUUAUAUUAUACAGUUGUUGUAUAAUGCUGUUUGACAAGGAUUUGAAGAACAACUCUGAAUAAGGACAAAAACUUUGGUAUCGGUGAAUUAAUUUUGUUGUUUUAGGCAUCAAACAUGUGUUUUAAACUAGGUCGUCUCCACCUACAAGGAAAUCUUUUCCAAAUCACAUCUAGAUAACCAUUUUAGAAUGGACAUCAUAGUAAUUAACAUGUAUCUUCUUUACGUACUGAAUCAAUUCCAUAACAUACUUAGACCAUAUGUCUAAUUGCAUAUUCCACUUUUAAUGGAUAGAGCGAUCGUGAGCUUCAAUCCUUAUUUAAUUUUUAUUUUCCUCCUCGUUGCCGUCCCAUUCAAUGAU